AUGGAGUCUCACAGCGAACCCUCCAACGCGCUCGUGCGCAAGCGGACAGACACCGACCUGAUGCCUCCUCCACCACCUGCGAAGAAGAUCAAGCGCCCAAAGAAAGUUAUAGACGAAGAUACCUACACCGACGCGCUCUCCAAGAUCAUAGCGCGCGACUUCUUUCCCGGAUUACUCGAAGCGGAGACUCAGCAGGAGUACCUGGAUGCUCUCGAGUCAAAGGAUGCUGCAUGGAUAUCAAGCGCCGGGCACCGACUGCAGCGCGUGAUGACCCCUGGAAGGCAGAGAAUGAAGAGACCGCCAGUUUUCGAAAACGGAGGGAAGACCCCCUCAGCAUACGGCGCAGACACACCGGUGUCGGUCACCUCGACAGUCAUCGAAGAAGUAAAGCCGAUCGUCGAUACGAACAUGAGUCUCGCAAAUUUCCAGUCCAAAUAUACGAGCGAGGACAACGAGAGCUUCUACAAGCUGAUGGACAAGCAAAACCAAAAGAAGGCCGAGAAAUAUGCGUGGCUAUGGGGAGGAAACAAAUUGCCGUCGAAGCAGAUGAUCAAGCAGGCUGAAGUCGAGGAGAAGCUGGCCCAAACAGGGAGGUUAAUCGACGAUGGAUACAUGAAAAAGGACAGGUUGGCUAUCAAGGAUGUGGAGGACAAACCAGCAAGACCGGAUAGCUGGAAUGCGCAUCCGAAGAAUAACUUGAUGUUUGGACCGGACGGAGUCGAGGAAACGUACGAGAGCCCGGCGCAAAGAGCUGAGGCAGAUUCACGCAUGGCACCGAAAUCCAUCAACUACCAAAACACAAGGGUGCCGCAACCAGCUUUUGUGGAGAGGCCUCCAUCUCCAACGAUGUCUGCAGUGCGAGACGCCAUUGCUGGCAAACCACGAAAGGACGAUCAAGCUUCAAGCGCAGUUGGUGGUGGAGAAACGCCAAGAGUGAACGGAUAUGCCUUCGUGGACGAUGAAGACGAUGAAGAUCCAGCGCUGCCGGCUCCAGUCAUCAAUCUAGGUCCCGGCGACGCAACGCCGAAUCCUUUCAAGUUGCAAGAGCAAGGGAAGAGGGAAAGUCUGCACCAUCGCUUGGUCGAGAGGGCGGCACAGUCGAAGAGAGAGUCUGCGAAAAAUGGUUUGACUGGCAAGCCGGAAAGGACUCCAGUGCCAAAGUUCCCUUCUAGCCCAAGGGUAUCGGGUGGUCUCACGCCUGCCGCUCAAAGACUAUGGAGCAAGAUUGGCAGUCCGAGACCCGGGAGCCCGAGUAGUUCAGCUAUCAAAACGACGCCAAUGAGAGCACGAGGAUCACUGCUGAAGGGCGUAUCAAAACCUCCACGGUAA